UCAAAACAUGGCAAAGAAGACGAUCACUCUUGUCACGGGCGGCAACGGAGGCAUCGGGUUCGAGGUUGUAUCACAGCUCAUGGCAGCGUCCAACAACCACGUCCUUCUUGGCGCCCGCUCGAUCGAGAAAGGUAGUGCUGCUGUGAAGGAUCUCGAGUCCAGGAAGCUUGCUGGCACCGUCGAGCUCUUGAAGUUGGAUGUUUCAGACGAACAGUCCAUUGAGAAUGCGGCCAAGCAGGUUGAGGAGAAGCACGGCAGAAUCGAUGGUCUCGUCAACAAUGCUGCGAUCUCCCAAGUUGAAGGUCUACCACUUUCCAAACAAAUGGCCAUCUGCUACCAGACAAACGUCAUCGGCGUCCAGUUGAUGGGCGAAAAUUUCGCUCCAUUGCUCAAGAAGUCCAGCGGGACACCUCGCAUCGUGAACGUCAGCUCAGGUGUGGGUUCCAUCACGCAAAAGAUGGAUCCCAAGUCAAGAAGCUACGACCUGCAGUAUCCCCAGUAUCGCGCGAGCAAAGCCGCGUUGAACAUGAUCACAGCUUGUCAAUGCCGGGAGUACCGCGACGACGGCUUCAAAAUCUUUGCGUAUUGCCCGGGCUUCACAGUCUCCAACUUGAGCUCGAUGAAUGUCAGCGCAAACGGAGCGAAGCCGACGAGUGAGGGCGCUGCUCCUAUCGUGGCUCUGCUGCGUGGAGACAGGGAUGGAGACCACGGAAAGUUUGUGCAUGCGACAGGCGAGUACGCUUGGUAA